AUGGCUUUACAACAAUAUCAUGCCCCAGUUGAUUAUGCCGCCCAAUUGGACGCUUUCAAGGAUUUUUUGAAGCAGUUCAAGUCUAUGCAGUCUACUUCCGAAGCUGCUGCGACCGAGGCCCUGGAAGAUUUGAACAUCGAUGGCCACCGCACUAGCGAUGAGUACGACUUCAUGGAUGAUGCCGAGGGUGGAGCUCAGACUAGAAGCUCAAGGAAGAGCCGACAGACAAAACUCAAGUAUAUGCAGAUUCUUCAGGACGUUGCAAACCGAGAUACUUCGCAUAUCCUGAUUGAGCUGGAUGAUGUUGAGAUUUUCGAAAAAGCUUUCCCCGAAGAGGCGCAAACCUUGAAGCUGGUCGAGUCCAUUCAAAAGAACACCAAGCGCUAUAUAGAUGUUUUUUCACAGGCGGUGGAUGCGGUCAUGCCCAAGGAGACCAAGGAUGUCACUUUCAAGGACGAUGUGUUGGAUGUGAUCAUGUCGCAGCGUGACAGGCGCAACGAAACGUUAGAGAUGGUCGCUGAGGCUAACAUGGACAACGAGGCCGCGGACCUCUUUCCCCCGGAACUCACCCGCCGAUACACCCUUAACUUCAAGCCUCUCACCCCCUCCGGCUCCAGCAGUGACGGUGGAAAGGCACUUGCGGUUCGCAAUGUGCGCGGAGAGCACCUGGGUAGCCUGAUCACUGUUCGCGGUAUUACAACUCGAGUCUCGGAUGUGAAGCCGGCUGUCCAGAUUAAUGCCUACACUUGCGACCGAUGUGGAUCCGAGGUUUUCCAACCCAUUGUCACUAAGCAGUUCCUCCCCCUCACUGAGUGUCUGUCCGAGGACUGCAAAAAGAACAACAGCAAGGGUCAGUUGUUCCUUUCUACCCGCGCUUCGAAGUUCGUUCCUUUCCAGGAGGUCAAGAUCCAGGAAAUGGCAGACCAAGUCCCCGUCGGUCACAUCCCCCGGACCCUCACUAUCCACUGCCAUGGAGCUCUCACCCGCACCGUUAACCCGGGUGAUAUCAUUGAUGUCGCUGGUAUUUUCCUGCCCACACCCUACACCGGUUUCAAGGCUAUUCGCGCUGGUCUCUUGACCGACACCUACCUUGAGGCUCAACACAUCACCCAGCACAAGCAGUCCUACCAAGACAUGGGUAUGGAUGCACGCACUCUGCGCAAGAUUGAGCAGCACCAGAACUCCGGCAACAUGUACGAGUUCCUUUCGCGCUCUAUCGCCCCCGAGAUUUACGGCCAUCUUGAUGUGAAGAAGGCACUGCUCUUGCUUUUGAUUGGUGGUGUCACCAAGGAGAUGGGUGACGGCAUGCACAUUCGUGGUGAUAUCAACAUCUGCUUGAUGGGUGACCCCGGUGUGGCCAAAUCGCAAUUGCUUCGCUACAUCACUAAGGUUGCUCCGCGUGGUGUGUACACUACUGGUCGUGGUAGCAGUGGUGUUGGUUUGACUGCCGCUGUCAUGAGAGACCCGGUGACCGAUGAGAUGAUGUUGGAGGGAGGUGCCCUGGUUCUCGCUGAUAACGGUAUCUGCUGUAUUGAUGAGUUUGACAAGAUGGAGGACUCCGACCGAACUGCCAUCCACGAAGUGAUGGAGCAGCAGACCAUUUCCAUUUCCAAGGCUGGUAUCAACACCACCCUCAAUGCCCGUACCUCGAUCUUGGCUGCCGCCAACCCGCUGUAUGGCCGAUACAACCCUCGCAUCUCUCCCGUUGAGAACAUCAACCUCCCUGCUGCUCUGCUGUCCCGUUUCGAUGUCAUGUUCCUGCUCCUGGAUACGCCCUCUCGGGACUCUGACGAGGAACUUGCCAACCACGUUACCUAUGUCCACAUGCACAACAAGCACCCCGAGACUGAGGAUUCGGGUGUUAUGUUCACCCCCCACGAGGUCCGCCAAUACAUUGCCAAGGCUCGCACCUACCGUCCCAUUGUUCCCUCCAACGUCUCCGACUACAUGGUCGGCGCCUACGUGGCCAUGCGUAAGAGACAGAAGAAGGACGAGGCCAAGAGACAGCAAUUCUCACACGUGACUCCUCGUACUCUGCUCGGUAUUGUCCGUCUCUCACAAGCGUUGGCCCGCCUCCGCUUCAGCGAAGAGGUUGUUCGUGAGGAUGUCGAUGAGGCCCUGCGCAUCAUCGAAGUCAGCAAGUCUUCUCUCUACAACGAUCGGGAGGCUGGCGCCGAUCACACCCCCACUAGUAAGAUCUACACCCUGAUCCGCAACCUGUGGGAGAGUGGUGCCGCCCUCGUGGGAGAUGAUGAUGAGAACGCCAUGAGCAUUCGCCGUAUUCGCGAGCGAGUCCUGGCCAAGGGCUUCACUGAUGACCAGCUUACCACUGCCAUCCAUGAAUACGCAGAGAUGAACGUCUGGCAAACUUCCGACAACGGCGCGCGCCUGAUGUUUGUCAACGCGGAUGACGACAUGAUGGGUUAA